CAUUGGUGUCUCGUUAAUUUUUGUAACUCCGCAAAACUGGAUUUGAAUUGAAUUGGGAUCAUGAAUUCGGAAAUGAGCAGUAGCAUGCACUCCGGUAGACCCGAAAGUGAGUUCAGUAUUGAAUGUUUUCAAAACUACACAGCACCGGAAGUUUUCGUUCAAGGAUUGGCUGGUCUAGUGAAUCAAACCGACGUGGAAGUGAUGAUCCGUGCUCAAAAGCAAAUGUUGCAACGAUUCGAGAAGACCAACGAAAUGCUCUUGAAUUGUAAUGCCCUGAGUCAGAGCCGAUUGAAGAUUGCUAGCGAAGAUUUCAAGAAGCACACCAAACUGCUUCAUGAUAUGAAGAAAGAUUUGGAUUACAUUUUCAAGAAAAUACGAAACAUCAAAUCAAAACUCAGCACUCAAUAUCCUCUGCCGUUUGCCGAAGCGGAGGCCAAAAACAAACAGGCCUGUUUCGACGAGGAAGAGGAAAUCGAUACGGCCAGUCGAGCGGAAACCCUGGACGAGAGUCACAGUGGAAAUCCAUCGAGAACUGCCACACCGGUGAAGCAGGCUUCAGUCGAAAGUGUGAAGACGCUGCAGAAACAGGCCUCCCAGAAGGAGAAAAAGAAACAAAGCACCGUGCAAGUGGGGCAGGAAACCACUACCGUAAGUUAUAUGAAGAUGGAACAAAGUCCGGAGAACAGAAAGUCAGCUAAGACGAGUCCCAAUGACCCAAAACGGAGGUCACUAUUAUCAACACACAGUAGCUCUACGGAUAAUUCGAACGAUUCGUCCGAGUGUACGUCGGACACCGGUUAGUAAUAUGUAGUAUCGAUGUAUCGGCUAUAUAAUAGGCGUCAAUUUAGAAUUAAAUUUAUGUUUAUGAAAUACUAUCUAUUGAGCGUUCAGUACAAUAAUUGAUAAUAGUUGUAUUAAAAUAUAUAAUUUGAGAAUUUUUGAAGCUUAACCUGUGUAUGUAAGAUGGGUGGCAGGGUGGGUAUGCUUCAAGGAAGGUUACAUUUUGUUACCCAAAAACUCGGGUGAAAUCGGCAUAGGACUGAUUUAGUAAGUAGUCCAAUUUCAGUCAAAUAUUUGUCCGAUCUUCUAUAAAGCGCUGGUAGUAGAGUUAAAUCAUCCUUGAAGUAUUCCGCUAUAAAAAGAUUGUUGAGCCUAUCUAUAUGCUUUCCAUCCCUAAUUUCUACUCCGCUCA